AUGGCUGGGCCAGGCCGCUCCCCGCGCCGGUCAGCCUCUGCGGCCCCCUUUCUGCCCUCACGGGCUCAUGCUUGCCCUCAAAGCCGCGCCCCCGCCGCCGGAGUUAGGGACCCGCCUCAGCCGAGGCCGCCGCCCUCUUUCCCCGGCGUCGGCCAGUCGUUCCGCCGCCGGGAGCGACAGACUCCGCCUCCGGUAAAAGUCCGCUGCGCGCUCCGCCCGGCGAUCGGUCGAGACGUGGGCAGUCCCCUUCUCGCGACGCACGGAACCAAAUCCAGACUGGAGCGCCGCAGACACCUGAGCGGUGCGGCCUGCGCCCGGCCACCGCCUCCGCCUCUGCCUCCGCCUCCUCCUCCUCCUCCUUUUCUUCCCCGGCGGGAGCAGCACCCUUCCCUCAACUUCCUUGCUCCGGCCCCACUUGCACCGCCUGCCUGGCUCAUGAAUAUUUAUACGGCGCGGACUCGGUCUCCGCCCAAGGCCGCGUGCGCCAAUGGCCGGGCCAGGGCGGGGCCCACGCGCUCCGAAGGCUCAGCCUUCCUUAAGGCAGCCGGGAGCGCCCGCAGGGCUGAACGCGCGUUCUGCGGCUGGAGAGUUAGGAAGAAAGCUUUGGUGAUGUGGAAUGUGGAAAGUUUUGUCCCUGUGUUCCAGAGCUGUCCUGCUCGAGACUGUGCGUUUGAAUGGGAUGAUGGGGAGGAAAGAGGGAGGAAGUUCAUCAGUGGAGGACCACAGAACUGGCAUUAGGAGUGAACAAGAGGUGGUGCCAGUCUUGUCUGCCUAGCUUCUCGUGUGGGCAGGUAACCUAUAGCCUCUCGGAGCUUCACCUCCUCUUGCUUCCAGUACGGAACGGCUCCUAUGAGUCCCUCAUAGGUCGUGAGGAUGCUAGAAGGCACCAAGCAAAAUGUCUGACUUUGAUACAUGAAUUGAGCUUCAUAAGUUUAUUCUUAAUGUACCAAGUUAUAGGAAGUAUAUCUUUGACCACAAAAAUGACCACUGAGUGAAGUUGUCCUGAUCUUUAACUUAAACCUUUAAAAAAUGGUACUAAGAUCUCUUUUACACCUCAUUCAUAAAUUUAAUAAAUAUUUAU